CUUUUUGACAGGAGGAGGUGGAGAUUGGGAGGUAGCUGUGUGACUGGGAGUAAAAAAUGGCAGCUUCCGUUUGCUUGUGGUGUUUCGCUUUGCUGGAAGAGGGAAUGUAAAGACAGUGUCUUGUGGAAACAACUGAUUUCCUUCUCAAACUCUUUGUUCGCGCCACUAUUUUCUUACUCUSUCGUACCUGGAGAAGAUGGAGAAAAGCGGGAGCGUCGACAGCUUGGGCUCGAACAAGCCUUCCCGACAGCCGAGUGUUGAUUCAUUGUCCAGCAAUUCCACAUCUCGCUCGGACCGCUCGGCUCAGGCCAAACCACCGUCCGGUUUAUCCUCUGACUCCGUGUCGACCUCUGCAGAGUUUUCUCCAGAGCUCAGGGUGAAGCCCAAAGCCACUGCCAAGAAGGUGCUUAGAGAUUCAGACAAAGAUGAACUGCAGUUACUUCCAAAUGAAACUGUGCAGGAUAUGGCACAAGACACCAUCUACUUCUGUCCUUUCACCGGAGCUCUGAGGGGAAUGGUGAUGGUGACCAACUACAGGCUCUUCUUCAAAUCCAUGGACAGGGAGCCAGCGUUUUUGCUGGAUUUGCCUCUCGGAGUACUGAAUCGUGUUGAAAAGAUUGGAAAUUCUUCAAGCGGUGACGUUUCAUACGGACUAGUUUGCAGGGAUAUGCGUAAUCUACGGUUUGCUCACAAACAAAUAGACGACACGCUGAAGAAGUGCAUUUUUGAAGUCCUGGUGAAAUUUGCUUUUCCUGUUUCAAACGGGCUGCAAAUCUUUGCCUUUGAAUAUGGGCAGGUGUUUCCUGAAAAUGGUUGGAAGGUGUAUGAUGCAGUCUCUGAAUAUAAAAGAAUGGGGAUACCCAAUGAAAGCUGGAGGAUAACAAAGGUGAACGAUCACUUUGAGCUGUGUGACACCUACCCUUCAACUCUGGCUGUACCAGUCAACAUACCAGACGAAGAGCUGAAGAGAGUGGCAGCUUUUAGAGCAAAGGGCAGGAUACCUGUGUUGUCUUGGAUUCAUCCAGAAAGUCAGGCGACAAUAACGCGCUGCAGUCAGCCGAUGGUUGGGGUGAACGGGAAGCGCAGCAAAGAGGACGAGAAAUGCCUCCAGGCCAUCAUGGACGCUAACGCUCAGUCCCAUAAACUUUUCAUUUUCGAUGCUAGACCCAGCGUCAAUGCUGCCGCCAACAAGCUGAAAGGCGGUGGAUAUGAAAGUGAGGAUGCAUAUCAGAACGCCGAGCUUGUGUUCUUAGACAUUCACAAUAUCCACGUGAUGAGAGAGUCACUCCGCAAGCUGAAGGAGAUCGUUUACCCCAAUAUCGAGGACUCGCACUGGUUUUCCAACCUGGAGUCCACUCACUGGCUUGAGCACAUCAAGCUGAUCCUGGCAGGAGCGCUGAGGAUCGCAGACAAAGUGGAGUCUGGGAAAACGUCCGUGGUGGUGCACUGUAGUGAUGGCUGGGACCGCACGACUCAGCUCACCUCCUUGUCCAUGCUCAUGCUGGACGGCUACUACCGCACCAUUCGUGGCUUUGAGGUGUUGCUCGAGAAAGAGUGGCUAAGCUUUGGUCAUCGCUUCCAGCUGCGGAUCGGUCAUGGUGAUAAAAACCACACGGAUGCAGACCGUUCACCUGUUUUUAUUCAGUUUAUUGACUGUGUUUGGCAGUUGACUCACCAGUUUCCUGCAGCUUUUGAGUUUAAUGAAUACUUCCUGGUUACCAUCCUGGACCACCUGUACAGCUGCCUGUUUGGGACGUUCCUGUGCAACAGUGAACAGCAAAGACUGAAGGAAGAGAUCCCCAAGAGAACGGUGUCACUGUGGUCCUUCAUCAACAGCCAGCUGGAGGACUUUACCAAUCCUUUGUAUGUGAACUACUCCAACCACGUACUGUUCCCCGUCGUCAGCUUGCGCCACCUGGAGCUUUGGGUCGGCUACUACAUUCGUUGGAACCCUCGCAUGAAACCUCAGGAACCUAUUCACCAGCGUCAUAAGGAACUGCUAGCGAAGCGCGCCGAGCUUCAGAAAAGGGUCGARGAGUUACAGCGGGAGGUGACUAACCGCUCGGUUUCCUCUUCCUCCGAGAGGGCGGGCUCGCCCACGCGCUCCAUCACUCCGGUGCAGACCUUUGUUUGACACCUCUUAACGUUUGUGACUCUGUCUCAGAAGCUCAGUCCUGCCUUCCUGCCUGUGAGAGGGUGCCAUGCAACAGUAAGAAAAACAAAAGAGGUCACACCUGAAACCACGGAGGAUCUGAGACAUGCUGCCUUUUUAGUUUACACACUACCAAUAAAAGAGCAAAGUAUUGUGUUUGCUUUUCUCCUAAAUCAUAUAGAAAGGACAAAAUAAAUGAGGAGUGUGUAGUUUAUCAAUGUACCAACAAUCAGUGUUUUCUUUAUAGUACAGGAAAUAAGACUCGGGUUAAAUGUUUAAGUCCUGUAUGCUUCAUAGGAAGACUCACUUUAUUCAUGUGAAAGCACUACAGCUGUUAAAUUAACAUGAAAUGUGCAGCCAAAGCAAACUGAGGGGUUGUCCGCACCGGAACGUUUUCUUUGAGAGUAUGCAAAAGAUUGUUUUAAAUAUAUAUUGUUUUAGUCUUGUGUCCACACAGAAAAAGCAUUUUAUGAGCCCUAAAGUAGUAUUUUUAUACGGUUUCCUGAGUGAAACAUCACCCUUGCAUUUUUUUUUUUUUAUAGAUGGACAAAAUGCAAUCUUUUGAAAACGAUGUCAGUGGCCCACGUCUAAUCUAACUUAUAACCUGGAAGCAUUUUUUUUUGUUUUGUUUACAUUUUACACCAAAUGUUCCUCUUCAUAUGGAUAUGCCACACCUUGUUUACUGUUUUUGGUGAAUAUUCAUGGUUGCGUUACAGGCCUGUUAUAGUUGCUACAGCAUUUUGGGUUGUUUUUGUGUGGAUGAAGACAUUUGUUGAAACUGUGUUGUUUACAAAGACAUUUUAAAAAACAAUUGUUUUGGAAAAACUGCGUUUCUGUGUGGACAGGGCCUAAACCAAAUUUUCUGUUCAGGAGUUAUUAAAUACUUUGAUCUGUAGCCAAAAGUAGUCGACACGUAAAAACACAUGGGGUGUAUUAACAAAAGUUUACUAAUCCAAAUAUUUAGACUGUUGUGACCAAAUAUGUGUUUUAUUUCAUGAACACARGAUGUAUUUAACAUUCCUUUAACUGAGUGAUGUAGGUUUUGUAGGUUUACUUUUUUCUUAGAAGCUAAUGUUAUUUAUUAUCUUAUAGUCCAGUCUUGUAUUUAUCUUUCUCUUUCUGGUGUCAUAAAUAAAUUACACACAAUUCCGGGUUAAAUGUAAUAAACUGCAAAGAAAUGCAAUAAUMYAUCUCUCUACCAGUAGUAAUUUACUGAGUUUAUUUCUGUUCAUGCUUUUGUUACUUUUGAAAGCUUAGUUUUAUUUUAUAGGUMUUUUGGUUUAAUACAUCUACAGUUAAAAUUAGCAUCUGUGCCUUUUCUGGUUGAUUGGGAAUCUAACACUAGUAGUGUGCACAGUUUGUAUGUUAAUGAUAAAAAUACUGUUGGUGUGUUUUACUUAAUGUGCGACCUCUUGUAUGACACAUGCAACUAAGCCUCUGUUUGGUUUGUUACAUGAGUGUAAAUGCACCUCACAUUUAAAAAUGUUGGUUAAAUGCUUCGUUUUAUUCUGAACUACUGUAACUCAAAAAAUGUUUAAUUUUUAGUGUAGCUUUUCAGACUUCCUAAACCCUGUAACAAACUAAAUGUUCCUGCAUUUUGUACUUUCUAUAUGUCAUCUUCUGCUUCUAUAUUAUUUGCAUUGCCACUAACAUCACUUUGGUUUCUCUUAAGUGUACAUUUAUGUACAACUAUUAAAACCAUCAACUUCCACACAAGUGAGGUUAUAAGCACCUUACUUUAAGGUUUGGGUUAAAUCAUUCUACUGCAUUGUCAAACAGUAUUGUCUGUCAAACUACAUUAAACUAAUAAAAGUGAAAAGACAACAUA